AUGAACCUUUGCCUUAGUAUUGUCCGCGAUGUUAUGCUACGCAAACGCACUUGGGCUGAGCUUUUUGAGUAUGCCUUCUUCUUCACAUACAAACAUUAUGUUGUUGUAAUUGUAAUUGGGCGAUCACUGAGCUCAUUCACAGGGCUCUGUGGUCUUGUUGAAUCAAAGUUACGUGUGUUGGUGGGUAAUUUUGAGCAGAACAGAUACGUAAAAAUGGCGCACAUUAACUGUCGUGCCUAUGGUCCUGGGCCUAACGAUGAACUUCCCCAGCCAGACGGAGGGGAAGAUACGGAAAACAUACGUAAGCUAUCUCAAUUCUAG